AUGAGUUCGAUCGGGAAAUCUGUAAGGGAUAGGGCGCCGAAAUGUUCUAUUGUUCUUAACAAUGUUUUGACAGUCGUAUUUAGACCGACUUCAACAGCGGUGCAGGUCAAAAACCUUACUCAAGAUGAAAACUGCGAGAAGGAAAAUUCUAAACUGCCGCACCAACUCUCUGGGCUCGAGUUGUUCGAUGCGUUUAAGGAAGCAAAUCGAUCGACGAUGCUAACAAGGUUGACGGAAAGUUUGGACGAGAUUCGGCUGAAAGGUUGGGUUUUUCCUUUUACAUUGUUGAUCAAAGGACCGAAUGAAGAUGUUGAAGUCAUCAAGGAAGCAUGGAGGCGACACUUUUUACGCAGUCCCGAUAAUUUUAUCAUCAAAGAUAUAGGUAAGCUCAAUUAGUGCUCGCAAUAGCCUUGAACGGUAGUCUCUUUAGAUUUUAUGAUCACCGAGAUAAGGGUUUCAUUUAAGUAUAUCGAAGUAUCGAGGUCAGUCAGUGCUGGAAGUCUGGUCUUCCAAAUGAGAUUAUUUGAAUCAAAAACCCUUAACACAAUUUCCCUUUAUGACGUAGAGACAAUCUCGCGGUUUCAUGUGUGAUUUGACUGUGGUGGCCAAAAUCAUUUCAACUCUUUAAGUCCCUCGCGAGAAUGACUCGCUGCUCCAUCGAAUUCGCAACGUUUACAACCAUGAAUUUUAAAAAUAACCACUUGCUUUCUGGAUACGAUCGAAGGCUGUUUUAUAGUUUUGGUUUUUGGUAAACAAGUUGAUUUUUCAGACAGGUGUAUUUUAUAUGACGCCAUGAAUGCUAUUGGCAAAACAGAACAGAGGCCAGUUUUCUACAGCCAGCCUCCAGCAGCAAAGACCAGAAUUUUCUCUGCUCUAGAAAACUCUUAAAUCAAUAUUCAACUACCGGCAUACCCAGACGAUUUCGAGCGACUGAUCGAUUGAUAUGCGCGUGGGAACUUUUGUAUCGUCUCUAACAUUUCAACUUUUUUAUUACAAAAUGAUUUACUUAAAGACCAACACAAGAAACAUUCAAACAUGAACUUUUAUACAGUACCCAGAGUUAAUCCUAAGUAAUGAUGCAAGUUUACUUUUAUUUCCCUAAUUUGAAUUUUCCAUUAAAACAGAUUGUCAAAGGUCAGGGUUGGAUGAUAAUGAAUAGCCUUGCCUCAAUUAGUAGAUAAUGUUUUAUGUCCUCUAAAUCUAACCAGAUAGGACUUAAAAGAACUGAAAAAAGCGCUUAUGCUAAACUACUGGCGUACUUUUGACAAGUGCAACAUUCGCGGGCCAGAUCUUGUGUCCAUUUGUUCAACAUAGCAUCAUCCCCUGAGGCCAAAAUUAUAGUUAUUUUGUUCAUUGUGAUCCGUCUUUUGUUGCUGUCUUUUAUUUUUUUAAAAGCGGCAGAGAAUAAACCGUUUAAAACGUUCCCUUGCUGUGAUAACCGGCUCCAAAAGGCAGCCACCAAUCCCUAGAACAAUAGACUCACACGACUUAAUACAACCACUUUUUGUGUGUUUUUUGCUUGUGAAUUUUGUGAUAACACGCAAUAGAGUUGUUCUUUUUCCUGGUUUUUUUAUUACUCUUGGAUUAUAAUGAAUUGCCUUAGUGAAGUCUCGAGCUAGCUUUGUUAUAAGGAGAGAACUGCAAGCUACUCAACUUGAAAAAAGCAGCUUAAGUACCGGAUGUGCUUUUCAAAUCGCUUUCUCGAAGGCUUAACAUGGCUUUUUCUGUCAACCCAAUCUUGUUGUUUUCGCACAAGGCAUGUAAACGAUAAGAUUUCCCUUCCUCUUGAGUACACAAAUCUUUUCAAAAAAGUACAAAGAAAAAAUCCGCUACGUCAUUGCUUAUUCCUUCGAACAUGACAUGCAUUUCAAAUUAGUUUUGAUGAUUUCUUGACAUAAGUUUCGUUGGUUCUAUUUUCCAUUGACAACGUGCUUCUUCUUACGCCGUGGCUAUCAACGCGCUUUUUUCAUAUUAAGAGGAUCAAGACUUUGAAAAACGUUAAACAGAUGUGAUUUGAUAAUUUUUAGCUCGGUGAGAAGGCACGGGCGGACCCUUUUGUUUUAUAAAAAAUAAAUUGCCUUUUCAACUAGAACAAAAACAGCAUUAAGUAAACUAUCACUUAUAAGCAACAUCGUAAAGCAGAGAAACACAGUUGGAGAAAAAAUCAUUAUAGCAUGUCUGAUGCAAUAGUGAUAACGAUAAAGAUAAAUUGAAAAAAAAAUAAAAUAAAAUAAGGUCUUUGAUUUCCUACUCUUUUAUGUAAUCUGAUUUUCCCUCUUUUUUUGUUUUGAUUAUUCUUUGAUUUUUUAAUUUGUGUUAUUAUUUCGAUAGGGUUAACUUUACCAGACUGAUUUGCGUUAAUGAACAUUUCAUAAGACUAAGAAAUAAUACAAAGGAAGGUUUAGAAAUAAAUCUGAUACACUGAAAGGAUUUUUAGAACGAAGUUCAAACAUUGUUAGCAUUUUCCGAACGAAUAUUGAAAUGCGACUGAACUGUUCAAAUAUCAUUUUAGUUUUCCCAAGUGGCUAAUUCCGAGAUGCAUAUGUGACAUUUAUUACUGUUGUCAUUUUCACUUAGUUCUUUCUUGAAAAAGGGCCGUCCGGAACACAGUUUUUUUUAAGGAAAAGUAGGAUAGAAAGGCCGAAUGACACGAACAGUGAAAAUUACUUUUGCAAGAAACACUUGAACUGAGAGCUCUAUUAAGAACACAAAUCAGUUUUAUCGUAACCUCUUGUUUGAACACAUAUUUAUUUUCCAGCGUUGGGGUAUAUAAAUCACCUUCAAGUUUAUAUUGGCAGAGAAGUGAACAACCUAUAUAGAUUCCGUUUUACCUAAGAGAGAAUGUAAGAUAUUUAGGUUAUUCAAAAGGUUCUUAACUUAGUAAGAGGGGUCACUUCCUAAUUGCGUAUUUCAGCAAAUACAAAUCCUGUUAACCUCUGAGUUCAAUUUUUUUCUGCCAACUACACUACCCUGCCUGCUUACAAUUAAGGAGGCUUAAGCAACUACGACGGCAGCGAGAACGGCAAAAAAGCAACUGACAACAAUCUUGCACGUUUACUUUUUUUGCCCAUUUAUUUGCCGUCGUUGUACGACCACCGUAAAACGGCCUAAUUUCACGUUUUGUUUCUUCACGAUUUUCUACUAUAGCGCUAAAUUCGUUUUUAAAACUUAGAUGAGCCGAGGCAGUCCUUUAGAAUUCAGCUCCAGAAACUAAAAUUCACCAGCAUUUGACAAACUGAACGCCAAGGAGCUUGAAGAGCAGUGAAUUUUGAAACAGCGUGAAUUGGCUACUAACGUAGAAAUUCAAGUUCCACAGACAAUGGAUCCAGAAUCCAGAACCUGGAAUCCCGAAUCCGCGACUUGGAGUCCGGGCCCCGGUUCUGAAAGGCCGAUUAGAGCUAAUCCAGGAUAAAAAAUUUAGUUUUCUUUUUUAUUUACUUUCCCAUGCAUUAUCUAGCGUAAAAUUCUAUGCUAUCAUCACUGAAUCUCGGAGUAAAGAGACACAAAAGUAUUUUGUAAGCUCGAGUAACAUGUUCUUAGACAAGAAAACCUUGCUUAAAAUUUGGCUUAACCCUGGAUUAAACUUAACCAUCUUUCGAGGAACCGGGCCCUGAAUACAGGACUGGCUUGCAUUCCCUUACAUGGUGCGAUGGUUACAAUAAUGUUACCAAAAUAGGGUUGUUAGCGCUAUAAAUUUGUUGUAUAUUAGCGGCUUUUAAAGGAGCUGUGUAUUUGUAUUUUUGUAUUUUAUUUUUUACUCCAUCUUAUAGAUAAUACAUCAGUGGUACAAUAUUAAUUAGUAUAAAUUAGUACAAGGUUGUUUUAACUACGUGUACACAAUGUUAUCAAGAAAAAAAUUUAGAAUUUAGAAGGGCGCAUUAUAGUGAAACUAAUUAUGGCCCUUUAACAAGAUUGACUUUAUUCUAUUAUAGCUUUGUUAUUCAUUAAAACACAAACACGCACGCAUGCACUGACAAACACGCACACAAGUCAAUAUUGAGCAAGAUAAUAUUUUUUAAGUGCCUUUUUGAACACCAACAGGAACUCUUACACGAAAAACUAAAUUAUUUAAACACACAAAAAGGCAACAAAUAACACUAAACUAGCCAGCUUCAAACUACGGACGCGGCCGUCAUCAUCGUUGACCGCUGUGUCAUGUAAUUUAGUAAAAUUCAGCUCAGUGUUAGGGAUUGCUGCAACGUGGAAUUGCCUAAAACAUAUAAAUAAAAAAUUAUAAAAUAUAACCGCUUAAAACUGAUGAAGGAACAUUAAGUCGGCAUAGCAAAUACAAAUGAGGGCACGGAUGGAACAAAAUUAAAGAGGAAGAUAAAACGGAUUGUAAAUGGGUUUAAAAAUUCAGUGGGCAGCCUUUUACACUGAGUUGAUCUCUGCAGUAUUUUGUUUGUUUGUUUGCUAAGUCAGUUAUUUUUUUGUGAAUUUGAAUGAUACCGCUCGGGAUAUACCGUAGCCUGCGCGCAGACGAAAUUAAACUCUGGUUAACUCCGUCUGCGAAACAGCGCCGAAAUCCUUGUUCUGGACUUCCAGCUGUGUACCCAGAUUUGAGUACGCGCCACGAUUGGCCAGUUAAAAAAGGCCUUUGUUUUGUUUGUCGUGAUCGCCAAUCAGGUUGAAGGGGAAUUCGAAACGCACUUCCGGUAAUUCGUUGAGUCCGUUGGGGGUCCAGAACAAAGAUCUCUGCACUGCUUCGCAGACGGUACUAAUCGGAGUUUAGUUAUCGUCUGCACGCAGGCUAGAUAUACCGUAAAAUUCCGAAAAUAAGCCCCGGGGCUUAUAUUUUUCAAAGGCCCUUUUUGAGGGGCUUAUUUUUGGAGUGGCUUAUGUUCGGAGGGGCUUAUCUAGGGAGGGAAAUUUGCGUUUCAAACUCGAUAGAGUUAGCCUUAUAGUUGGAAGUAAAUUUGCCAUUUUUUCUUUGUUCUACUUUUUAUUUGAGGGCAAUUUUCCAAGUACAAGCCCCUGGGGGGCUUAUAUUUGGAGGGCGAUUUAACGAAGGGUUUUUGCGUUACCGGUUUGGGGGGCUUAUAUUUGGAGGGGCUUAUACAUGGAGGGGCUUAUUUUCGGAAUUUUACGGUAUUCCUGAUUUGAUCAGUGGUUCUAAGAGCCAUAAUGGUGGUUCCUAAUCUGCGAUGUUGUUAGUUAAGGGGCGGAUCUAGGGGAGGAUUUGCAGGGGUCGUCACCAACGUUACAACUGUAAACUGGUGAUUGAUAAAUCUAAACUAAAAAAAAAAAAUGGAAUAGUUAACUGCUGGUCAACACUGGUAAACUGGUGAUUGAUAAAUCUAAACGAAAUAAUCUUAACUGCUGCAACACAGCCCCUUCAAUCCUUAGCGGCCUUAAACUUUACUUGUGACCAGUAUCUUAUUUCUCCUUAAAACACCUUUGCUUUAUCAAAAGCACAGGUUAUGAGAAUAAAAUAAAUGAUUAGUAAAGAGACAAGGCGAAAUUAACUUUAUUUUUACUAUGCAUAUAUCAGAGCUAAAUGAGUCAAACUUAUUCUCCUCAAUGAAAAAAAGAGGUCUGACUCUUUCAUACAUUAUUGCCUGCAGGUGUGGUCAGUUCUGUCGGUAUGGAGAUUAUUCAGCAAGCACCAUUUCUGCCAUUAACAAAGUCGUUAGUGGAAACCAUCGCGGCGCUGAAUGGAAUGCAGCUGGUCGCGACACAGGAGUCGAUUGCAGAAUAUCUGGCUAAAACCUAUCAGUACGUUCACAUGCCCAAAAUGAACGUGAUUCACGACUGCUUGGGGAUUCUCAUCAAAGAACGGAGGAUUUAUCACACAGGGAAUGGAUACUUUGUUUACACACAGAGUCCGUCUGAGAAAACUGCAGACUCUGCAAAGGAAAAACAGGAAAAUGGUAAGAUAAAUGACCCAGAAGAUUCCAUUUGCAAGGACUCGAAUUCUGCCACAUGCGAGGCUACCUCCAAAAGGAAGACUGCUAAGACUGAUAAGGCAGCAAAGAAGAGAGUGAAAGGAAAAGAGAAUAGCAAGGCAAAUAGAGCCGGGAAAGAGACUGAAAAAGCUGACAGAAAAGAUUUAGUUGAUAGUGAGAGGUUGAAACGUGCGGUAGAUCAAAUGGAUGAAAAGUCCGCGAUACUUGAGCUCCCUAGUAAAGGCGACAAAGCGAACAAGACUCCUAGUGAAACUACGAGCGAAAGCGGCGCCAGUGAAACCUCUACCAAAAAGGUUAAAAAGCAGAAAAAGGGCGUGCUUGAACAAUUAUCCUGCUUUAUUAAAGGAAAGUCGUUUCCAAAUUCAGACAUCGAGGAAGUGAAAGAGGAGCAGACGCCAAAAGAACCCUCCCCUCCCCCUCAAAGCAAGCCUACCCAGAAAACCGCGCCUCUCGCAGUCCAAGAGGACGUGUCACCUACUCUUUUGAGAGGUGUACGGUUCCGACACCAACGGACUUUAUCGGCUCCUGUAGGAAGCCCCUCCUUACCGUUGAGAACUUUUAAACAGGAGCUGCAGAACUGCAGUGAAAGCCAAAUAAAAAAUGAUGUCCCUAAUCCUAGGCAGCUUGCACGAAGCAAAUCUUUCGUCGCCGCGGAAAGACGUCCCAUUGCACCCGCACCUUUCUUGCGAAGUAACUCAUUCUCUGCUCCGAGCACUAAAGCCGCGCGGCAGAUUUCUACUGAAAGCGGCCCUUACGCGACAUUGAACAGGCGCACGAGUAUGAACUACGGAGACAUUAUACGAAAUAUACCGGCCAGGCAGACAAUCCAUGUUUCAAGGCCAAUUUCGAGGAAUAUGGGAAUUGCCAGGCCUAUUCCUGGCAUGCCUCAACAGCAAACUCUUGCACGCAACAAUUCGAUGAAAAAUGAAGUAGCCCAGAGGAAAGGCAGCUCAUUGUCACCUCCAAAUACCCCUAGAAAUCAUCUCUCGCCAUCCAGUACUCCUCGCUUAAAAGAAAAAUCACAAGGACGUGUUCAUCCUCCGGUGAUGCGAAGCAAGUCUUUCACCGAGCCCAGGACGUUCAGGCCGGUAAAUCGUUCGAUUUCCCAUCGCGCAACGAUAGCCGGGCCUUAUUUCGAAUCUCCGCUGCAGCUGCUUUUGGCUCGGAGAACUAACGGGUAUAUAUCACCUCCGAGUCUCGGAGUGCGUGUUACAAUCCCCCCUAAAGGAAAGCAUUUUACCCCAGGGAAACAUACAGCAAUCCCUAUUAAAAGGACUCCGCCUAGUUGCCCCUCGCGGAAACAGCCUAACAGCUCACCGCAACCGCUCUUUCGGAAGCAAAACAUAAAUAUUUCACCAGAUAGAAAGGACUGCACCUCCCCCGUAUGUUAUGACACCAGUAAGAUAAAUAACAGAGUCGAAAACUGCAAAUGCAAUGGCGUCAAUAGUGUAAUUCAGAAACAGUUUACAGCCGUUUCCAAUCCAAAACACGGCUAUAAACAUGAAGACGUCAGCAGCGAACAUAUCUGCAUUGAAGAAAUGACGUCAUCAGGAUCAGAAACAGAGGACAGUUACAGGGAGACUGUGGUUGAAAGCGACGGCAAGUCACUGGGUGUUUACAAGAAGAUAACUGAAGAUGGCGUCAACGAUAGCCUGACAUUUAUUGGAAUUAUCUAAUCAAGUAACAGGUUACCAUGAAACAACGGGACUUUUGUUCGACCGCGGAUAACAUGGUCAACAAAGUUAGUUCUACCCUGUUGCACGUUAUCAAAAACCUUAAGCUGCGGUGUCGGCAGCGGAAAGCUUAACUAAUAAAGUUAAUUUCGCGUUUUUUCAACCUCUGUCGGGUUUAUCCGACUCCUUCAAGUUAAUUGUUUGUAAAAUAUAAGUGACAUAUGAUUAUCUCGGAGUCAAACUCUUAAGGGUCGACCUGUGAACUGAGAAAUUCGUCGACUUUUCUACACGCUAAGAGGAGCCGGCUCCUGACGCUGAUAAAUUUUAAGACUUUAUUACUACUCUCUAAAAAUCAAGCAAAUGCUUAUCUGCGAUUGAGAGCAGCAUUUGUUUACGAACUGCUAGCAGUAGUUGUUCAUUAACGCGAGUGUUUAUAGGAAAAAUUCUACUGCUGUAAAUUUGCCUUAAAAGCGAACGUACAUGGAAACGUUGACAAAGCAAACGUUGCCCAGGAUUGCCAAGUUUACAUAGUGAUUUCAAUUGUUAACUGUAAUUAGUGAACAGAAAUAUUUAGAGUUGAAAUGAAUUGAUUAAUUUUUUAGUACAUAAAUAUGUAUUUGGGGAAACGAUAUUUAGCUUUUUCAAGAAAAAGUUUGGAGCAUUUAUAUUUUUGUUUUCAUUUUAAUCAAAC